AUAGUUAUCGUAGUUAGUAAAAAUCCGGCAGUAUAUUGUGAAAUUUAGUCCUCUAAAAUUGUAUUAAAUUAAUAAUAACAAUGUUCCGUAUUUUAUUUUGUCUUGGACUGAUUGUUUGUCAAAGUGUGGUAUUUUCGGGAUUCAUAUAUCCAAAGUAUGAUGAUUCAUUAAUAUUAAAAUGGUGGCAAUCCGGUGUUAUUUACCAGGUAUAUGUAAGGUCAUUCAAAGAUAGUGAUGGGGAUGGUAUUGGAGAUUUGCAUGGUCUCACAGAAAAGAUAGAAUACCUUAAAGAUUUGGGAGUUGGAGCUAUUUGGUUAUCACCAAUUUUCAAAUCUCCUCAAUAUGAUAUAGGAUAUGAUAUAUCCGAUUACAGAGAUAUUGACCCUUCAUAUGGUACCCUAGAUGAUUUUGAUAAGUUAAUUGAUGAAAGUCACAAAGCGGGAAUCAAAGUUAUUUUAGAUUUUGUACCAAAUCAUUCUAGCCAUGAGCAUGAAUGGUUUAAAAAAUCAGUGAAAAGAAUAGCACCAUAUACCGACUACUAUGUAUGGAAAGAUGCAGCUAAAAAUGAAAAAGGUGAAAGAAUACCUCCAAAUAAUUGGUUAUCGGUAUUCAAUAGUGGAUCAGCGUGGGAAUGGGACGAAGAACGUCAGCAAUAUUAUUUUCAUCAAUUUUUGGUUCAACAACCAGAUUUAAACUAUAGAUGCCCAGCUCUUGUAGAAGAAAUCAAGAAUGUAAUGCGUUAUUGGUUGGAUCGUGGUGUAGAUGGCUUUAGGUUUGAUGCGGUUCCAGCUCUAUUUGAAGUUGAAAACUUAAUGGAUGAACCAAAAUCAAGCAAAUCAGAUGCUUUACCUACCGACUAUGAUUAUUUAGAUCAUCCUUACACUCAAGAUCAACCAGAAACCUUUGACAUGGUUCAGCAAUGGCGAGAAGUGUUAGACAGUUAUGAAAAUAAAGGAUCAGAUGUAACAAAGUUUUUUAUGGUUGAAACUUAUUCGCCCAUUGAUAAAAUUAUGAAAUACUAUGGCACCGAUGCAAGACCAGGAGCUCAUUUUCCUUUCAACUUCUUUUUCAUUCAACAGUUCAAUCGACAGUCUAAUGCUUCAAAAGCUAUAGAUAUUGUUGCUUCUUGGUUAGACAAUUUACCUGCUGGCAAAUGGCCAAAUUGGGUUUUUGGAAAUCAUGAUCAGCCAAGAUUAGCUUCAAGGUUAGAUUCAAAUCUUGUUGAUGGUAUUCAUAUGAUACAACUUCUUUUGCCUGGCACCACUGUUACGUAUAAUGGUGAUGAACUUGGUAUGGAAAAUACAUUUAUUCGAUGGGAUCAAACAGUUGACAAUGCUGGAUUGAAUGUUGGGUCAAGUCGUUAUCAGCUGUUUAGUAGAGAUCCAGAAAGAAGUCCAUUCAUUUGGAAUGAUGACCUUAAUGCAGGUUUUUCAAGUGCUAAGAAAACAUGGCUUCCUGUAGAUCCAAGUUAUUGGAUAAAUAACGUGGAAGCGCAAUCAUACACAAACAGUCAUUUAAAAGUUUACAAGCAAUUGGUACAAUUAAGAAAAUCCAAAACAAUAACACAUGGGGAUUUACAAUUAUUUGAAGCAUCUGAAUGGGUAUUUGGUUUUAUAAGAGCUCUGGAGGAUUAUCCAACAUAUAUUGUAGUCGUCAACUUAGGUAGUGAGUAUGAAAGUAUAGAUCUUCAAAAGAUUAGGCCAACAUUACCACGUUAUCUGAGAGCUAAAAUUUAUAGCAUUAACCAUUCUCCUGAUGUUAAAUUAGACGAUGAGUUUUUGUCUUCUGAUAUACGGUUGACACCUAAGAGUUCUUAUGUUUUAACUACUGCUGAUAUAAUUGAAAAUGACACAACUGACUUGAAGUAAAUUUAUGAUUAUAAUUGCAAUAAUGUAGUUUUUUAACGAAUUCGUCUUGAAUAAAAAUUAACUUAAAUAUUUAAAAAUAA